AUGAAGUAUUCAGACAUCCGUUUCAACGGCUCGCUCUUUCGCUCUGGCAUUUAUCGACAGCCUCCGAGCCCCGAGGUAGAUCAGAAGUGGCUCGACUUGGGGUUGAAUCGUAAGUCAAGCUUGCCUUGUGCUUCAAAUGAUGGCAUAUUGACCUUGGGCAUGUUUCCCCAGUCCGGCCUCAAGUCUUGCCAGCAGAACAAGCGGAGAGAGCAGGACUCACUCUGGAUCAAGCCAAGCGUCUAGACUCCCAGGGAGGAGGCUAUUACGUCGAGGUAGAAGCAAUCCACCACCUCCAUUGCCUGGCAAGUCACCAUUCGCUAGUUCCGAAAUCGAGACGACAGCUGACAGGCGUGCAGAACGUGCUACGCCAAAACAUCUGGUUCAACGCAGAGUAUUACCGCCAACGACGAAUGGGCGUCUGGGCCAACACUGAAGCGAUCGUACGCCUGCACGUCGGGCAUUGCAUCGACAUCUUGCGCCAACAGCUCAUGUGUACAGCCGACACCGGGCUCUUCGGUCAGAUGUGGGCGAACACGACCAGCAUGAGGACGUUUGCGGAUUUCAGUACGCACCACAAGUGUAAGGAUUUUGAUGCGGUGAAGAAGUGGGCGAUUGAGAACCAGGCAGGGGAGACAGAUGUGGCGGCUUAUCACGAGGGCGAUUUGGUGAUUGACCGAUAUCCUUAG